AUGUCUCCCUUUUCUGAACUCGGUGUUGCGGAGAACGCCAUACUCGCAAUCCUGAAAACCGCAGCCAAAGACAAGCCCGUCUAUAUGCUGAACUUGGUUCGGUACCGAGAACAAGCCGAAUACCGUCUGGAUGAUCUCCCUGAAAUACGGGCUCUGCCUCCUUGUUCUGGAUGGCAGGCAUUCCAUGAGCGCUACGCACCGGCCUUUUUAAAGGCGUCUGAGGGAACUGACAAUGAGGUACUAUUUUAUGGCAAGCACAUGGGGAUCCUAAUCGGAGAGGCGGACGAUGAAUGGGAUGACAUGAUACUGGUCAAAUAUCGGAGCGCGGAUGAUUUCUAUAAGUUUAUAACGAGCGAGAAGUAUUCACUUCACGCAAUGCCGCAUCGCCUAGCUGCUCUCCAGGACAAAAAGUGGAUUGUGUAUGAGCAGAAUGACGUGUAA